AUGUCAAAUUUCAACUUAGGAAAAAAACUUAUUCUACCAACUAAAAAAGCAUGGAAGAAUUUCACCAACAAAUUACAAUCAAGAUUACACAAACUCAAGCUUUCAAAAGCUAUCAAAAUUUCCAAAAACCUUUGCAUUAGAGCUUACAACUAUAUUUUCCCUAUUAUUACUCAAAAAUUCUACUCGUUGAUCAAUCGUUCUUCAUCAUCACCACCACGUACACGUCGCACUUUUUACCAUAAUUACUACCAAUACAAGCAAUGUCAUAAAAAAUAUACUUCGCCUAUAUACGUGGACCAGCUCUUUCCUAAACCUACAGUUGAACCAGCAUGGCAAAACCAUAACUCUAGUAAGAUACCCGCGCCUCAAACUGAAGAAUUUGUUGGUUCGAGCAGUGGAAGCAAAUUGGAUCAAGAAGAGAAAGAGAUUAUUAUGAGGUGUAUUGAGCAAAAUAGUGCAUUGAAAAAGGGUAAGGUAAUUGAGAGUGGUAGUAAUUAUUGUUAUAGAACAUGUGAUAAUAAUAUUACUAAUAUUGAUGAAUGGAGAACUCCUUCAACGCCGCAUAUAAAUGGAGUGGAUAGAAGAGCUGAAGAAUUUAUAUCUAAGUUUCGUGAAGAUAUGGAGCUUGAAAGACAACAAUCCAUUAUUGAUUUUCAAGAAAUGUUGGCUAGAGGUGCUUAA